AUGCAUAAAAUACACUCUCAGGAGUCCCGAAUGGUGCUAUUUCAACGUUCAAAUUUAAAAGACAAAUUUCUUAUUUGUUUCAAGAAUCCCUUACUAAGACCAAUUGCAAGACAACUAGGCAAUCAAGAAGACAAGAUAAAUGAUAAGACAGAUGAUAAAAUAAUAGACUUGGAGGUGGAUAGAAUAACCUGGAAAUUAAUUAUCUCCGUCUGUUUGAAGAAACUAUAUGGACUACUAGGAGAGGCCUCGCAUUUUGAUGUGCUAAUGAGUACAAAGUUGAAACUGUUGAUACGUGUCUAUUCUCAGGACCAAGAGAUGUUUCAAAAUAGUUUUCUAUCAUUCACAUUUAAAUUAUCAGACUACUUGGGGAGAUCGGAUUUAGAUAUGAUAUGCUACAUUAAGGUGAUUAAACGCGCUAAUUUCUUAGGAUUGGUCAUAGAUGAUGACUAUUACGACCAUUAG